CAUUUUUGUAAAUGUUUGGUUGCUUUAGGGAUGUUAUCACAGCAGACACAGGCGUUCGGCCUCCGAGGAGCAAAAGAGAUCAGACGUAACAGGCCACUGAUGACUUGAUGACAUGACUGUUUAACUUCGACGUCUGUUAUGUAAUCUGCUGUCUGUCUACGAUUCCAGAAUACACAUAGUGAACUAGAUGUAGGCGAGCCUAUUAGCCUAGAGCGCUAGUUACGUUUCACGGCUAGAGCUCUACUGCAGCUCUGAAACAGGCAGCAUGCCUCAAUCGAAAUAUGGUCACUAUUUAGCGACUAGUGAAAACGCAUCAAGUUGAAGCAUUCAGCAUCGACUGUACGAGAUCCCGGUGUCGGGGGCGGAUAGAGCUGCUGAAUAUCACGCACGCACCCCGCCUACCGUUUCUGCGACAUGUUAAAAGAGUUGCUUAACAUCUGACUUACCCGGAUGUACCCGUGGGGAAACUACGUCAUUGUUCACCGCCGGACGCUCGGUGGCUGAAAGGAUGGAUAAUUUAGUGUAAUGUAUUACAUUAUUAAAAACCACAGAAAUGAACAAUGACCAUAGUUGACAAACCGUUAGAGAGAUCUGACCUCGAGUCAGUGCGGGGGAACUGCUCAGGCUCUCUGCUGCCCUCCACCUCCUCCUCCUCCUCCUCCCCCUGCGCCUCCUCCUACACCACGGCCUACACCUCCUCCUUCUCUGGGGACGGUCACGGUAUGGACAGCAGCUGCUCCAGCUGGGCAGGGGGAAGCUGCUCCGCCUCCGCCUCCACCUCCAUCCCCACCUCCUCCUCCUCCAUCACGGCAGCAGCCUGCUCCUCGGACCUCCCCAGGUCCAAGUGCAACCCGUGUAUGGGUCCUACCCCGGGAGCGACCCUGUACAGCGCCUCUGCUGCUGUUGCUGCUGCCUCCUCCUGCUCCUCCUCCUCCUCCUCCUCGUCCACCUACACCUCCACCUCCUCCGCCUCUGCUGCUGCCACUGGUGGGUCUAUUGGAUGCUCCAUGGCCUGCUCCACCACCACCACCACCACCCUCCCCCUCAUCGGGCCCUGCGAGCGACCCAAGGAGCAGGUGCAGACGCAGGCCACCAGCGCGGAUGGCAUCGCCCUCCCCCAGAAGGUGCUGUUCCCGGCGGAGCGGUUGAGCCUGAAGUGGUGCCAGAUGCAGCGUGUGGGAGCGGGCCUCCAGAACCUGGGCAACACCUGCUUCCUCAACUCCGCCCUGCAGUGUCUCAGCUACACGCCCCCCCUCGCCAACUACAUGCUGGCCCGCGAGCAUUCCAAGACAUGUCACGAGCCUGGCUUUUGCAUGAUGUGCACCAUGCAGAAUCACAUCACACAGGUGUUUGCCAACUCGGGCAACGUCAUCAAACCCAUCGCCGUUCUCAACGACCUGAAACGGAUUGCCAAGCAUUUCCGUUUCGGCAGUCAGGAGGACGCUCAUGAGUUCCUGCGCUACACUGUGGAUGCUAUGCAAAAGUCCUGCUUGCCUGGAAACAAAUUGGACAGGCAAACGCAGGCCACCACUCUCGUCCACCAGAUCUUCGGCGGGUACUUGAGGUCUAGGGUGAAAUGCCUAAACUGCAAAGCGGUGUCUGACACCUUUGACCCCUACCUGGAUGUUGCUUUGGACAUCAAGACCGCUCCAACCAUCACUAAGGCCUUGGAACAGUUUGUGAAGCCAGAACAGCUUGAUGGAGAAAACGCCUACAAGUGCACCAAAUGCAAGAAGAUGGUUCCGGCCUCCAAGAGAUUCACCAUCCAUCGCAGUUCUAACGUGCUGACCAUCUCUCUUAAGCGCUUUGCAAACUACAACGGCGGCAAGAUCGCUAAGGAUGUGCGGUACUGUGAGCAUCUGGACCUGCGUCCGUACAUGUCCCAGCCCCAGGGGGAGCCGCUGGUCUACAGCCUCUACGCCGUGCUGGUGCACUCCGGAUUCAGCUGCCACGCCGGACACUACUACUGCUACGUCAAGGCUAGCAAUGGGCAGUGGUUCCAGAUGAACGAUUCCUCCGUGUCUGUCAGCGACAUCCGUUCGGUUCUCAACCAGCAAGCCUACGUCCUUUUCUACAUCAGGUGUAAUGAUGUCAAGAACGGGGGAGGGGAGGUGUCUCCGGUCAUCCACACGCCGCCCAGGCCCGUGCUGAACGUGCGGGGCAUGACCGGGAACCGGCCCGCCACCAUUCCCAACAGCAACAACUCCAACGGCCCGCCACGGCUACUCAAGAUUGGCCCUCAGGUGAACGGGCGACCAUACCACAGUGGUGGCGGCUUCAGGUAUGGCAGCAGUAGCAACACCGGCGGCGGCGGGAGCAGCAGCACUUUGACCAAAACUGGCUCCGGCCUGUCAUCUUCAUCCUCGUCCUAUCCUGCCGCCUCGUCCUCGUCGUCGUCCUCCUCGUCCUCCUCCUCCUCUUCCUCCUACGUGCCCAGCCGACCCACGGAGAUCGCCGACCCGAACAAGCGGCAGAAGCUCUCCUUCUCCUUCGGGCAGGGCAAGAGCGUGCGCCCGGGGGCUCUCUCCCAGCCUCCAGGCUCCUCCUCCACCUCCUCCUCCUCCUCCAUAUCCCAUGGUCCCUCACUCUCGAACAGCAAUGUCGCCUCCUCCUCCUCCUCCUCUUCUUACUCUUCCUCCUCGUUCUCCACCAUGCACUCUACCUCAGACCCAUCCUCCUCCUCCUCCUCUUCUUCCUCCAUGUCCUACUCCUCUGGCUCUAAGCUCAACGGCGCCCCCUAUGGUAGUGGCAGCAGUAGCGGUGCUUCUGGGUCAUCCAUCGGUGCGUCUGCCCUGCUGGUGCCCUACGGCCAGGAGUCGUCGGAGGAGUCGGACCAGGAGGGCAGCAGCAGCAACGGCGGCGGUGGCGGCCUGAGGCAAAACGGACAGACGGACGGCUACGGCACCGCCAACCGCAACGGGAACGGGCACGGCCAUGGCCAUGGUAGUAACGGGAACGGUUAUGGCAACGGGAACGGGUACCACAGUAACGGUAACGGGCACGGGUACCAUGGCGCGUCGUCGUCGCCACCGCCUGUCAAGAGGCUCGCCGGCGACCCGGGCAUGAGCAGUCAGGCCAAGACCAACGGUUCCUUUGCGUCGUCGUCCUCCUCAAAUGGCUACACCAACGGACAGACAGACUCCAAACCCAGCCAGAACGGACAUCACAAGCUCAAUGGUGUCAAGGUGAAUGGCAAUGGCCACAUGACCUCUCCCACCUCCUACAAUGGGCAUGAUGCUGAAUACAGGGCUAAUCCUGGCUUCAGAAGUACAAGCAAAAUCCCAGAUGCCUCUGCAGGCACGAAUGUGCCUUCUGUGGGUAAGAACGGCCACCAGUCUCCACCCCAUCACACCUCUGGCUCUGGCUCUGGCUCUGAGUCCCACCCGCAGUUGUCUGGUGAGGCCAAUGCCACCGCCUCCACCUCCUCCUCCUCGUCAUCGUGCUCCUCCCUAUCCCAGCUGAGUGGCUCCCUAUCCAGUCUGCCUUCCUCCUCCGAAUCCCCGGUCGACGGACCGCCUGGCCUGCCCAACGGCCUCCCCCCGACCUCCUCCAACAAGGACCAUGCGGUGGUGACGGGUACACCGCUGCCAAGCGGCGCGUCUCAAGUCAAACAGGAGUAUCACCAUCAGGAGCGCAGCAGUGCGGCGGGAGAUGGCUCCUCUGUGUCCGAGACCUCCAAGGCACCGGCUGCUGCUGCUCUCCCCAUCCCCAGACAGGUGCUCAUGAACGGGCUGCACAGCAAGGGGCGCCCUGAGGCUGGCGACGUCAACGUCAACACCUCCACCGCAGCCUGCUCCGCUAGCAAGCAUCACCGCGACAGCAGAGACGACGGGGAUCGCGAUCGCGAGGACUGGAGCCGCAAGGAGAGUCGUCUGAACGGCACCUCUUCUUCUUACGUCUCCAAAGAGCGCGACAGGGAGAGGGACCGGGACCGGGAGAAGGAUCGUGAUUCUCACCGGCGCCAACAUCAGAACUACGUCAACGACGACCGGGGUAGUGGUGGUGACCGAGGCAGGGAGCGCGGUGGCUACGGUCAUCGGAGUGGCGACAGGGAGUACCGGCGACAACGUUCCGACAGCCGAGAGCGGGACAGGGACCGAGACAGGGACAGGGACCGCUACCACAGGGACGCGGAGCGCCACUGGGACCGCCACCGCUCCUACAGGGACCGAGACAGAGACUAUGAUCGCGACAGGGACCGAGAAAGGGACCGUGAUCGCGACCGAGACCACCAUCGGUACCACCAACGCCACAGAUCCAGAGAACGCGAUCGGGAGAGGGAGCGAGACCACGAGCGCGACUGUGAUAGGAGGCCAGUAGGCGCCGGCGGGGAAUACAACCAUAGCAGCAGCCACCACCAUCGAGGCCCUGGAGCGGGAGAGGGCUCUGGGACCGUGUCUGGACGCUGGGGUGAGGAGGAGAAGCGUGGAGGACAGGGGCGCGAAGAGGACUUCUCCACCACCAGCAGCAGCAGAGCAAAGCAGCCUAAUCCCCUGUCUCAGCCUACCUCCACCUCCAGCUCCUCUCCACGCUCGGACCGUGACGCAUCUCCUCUGACCAGGAACGGAGACCCGAAACGCAGCCGGGAGGAUGACGACGCCUCUGAGGACGAACGCCCCGCAAAGAAACACAAGAAGUCCAAGAAGAGGAAGAAGAGCAAGCACAGGAGCUCAGACAUGGACUCUCCCGAUCGCUACAGCGACAGCUCCUCAUCGAAGCGCAAGAAGAAGAAAAAGAAGAAGAAGAAGAAAAAGAAGAGGCACGAUGAGGAGGAGGGGGAGGAGGAGCGUAGCAGGAACUCCAGUGGAGACGAGCAGCCCAGACGCAAACCGCGCAGCCGAAGUCGCAGCCGCAGCCGAAGUCACAGCCGCAAGCCGCGCAGCCGCAAGCCACGCAGCCACAGCAGAAGUUGUAAUCGCAGCCGCAGUCGUAGUUACAAGCGUGACUCCUCGCCGCGGGAUGCCAAGCGCGCUCGUCUAGACAACCACCACCACUCGACCCACAGCGCUCACAGCAACAAGCAUCGAUACAUGAACGGUCACACAGGGGCAGGUUCGCUGAGCCCUGUCUACAAGGGAGGCAAGAGGAGGGCCUCGGACAUGUCUUCUCAUCAUGUGAAUGGGUAUGCGGCUUAGAGGAAUUUUCCUCCUCUAGAUGCCCAGCAAUGGAAGACAGUCAGGAAUAAGCUUUUUCUUUUCUUUUUUUGGGAAAUCAGACGAACUCUACAGCAAAAGAAUGAGAUUCUUCUAAUUGAACGUGGUGCUUUACAUAACUGAUACAUUGAUUCUUGGUGACCACACGAAAAAGGAAAACUAAUGUUGGUGUGGUUUUUAAAUUAACCUUUUUUAAUGGACCAGAUUAGAUUUUUUUUUUUUUUUUUUUGCCCUCUAUCCUCCCACCCCCAAUUUUUUUUUCAAUUCAAGUUCACUUCUUCAGCUGUGAACUCUACGACUCAAAGGAAAAUUUAGCAAAUUUAGAGUUAAUAUAUUCAUUUAAACAUGGAGAUCAAGGCAAAAAGACAAAAAGCCUGGAGCUUGAACAUCUUUACUUGCUGCUCAGUCAACAGACUCAGGAUUCUCUCUCUCUCUCUCUCUCCUCUCUCUCUCUCUCUCUCUCUCUCUGAAACGGAGCGAGGCUGAUUCACGUCUUGAUGGAUAAUACCUCGCUAACCUCCCUGCAUACAUACUCCCUUGUCCAGCCCUCCAAUCCCUGAAGCGGCGAGACUGCGAUCCACUUCUUGAUGGAUAUGUACCUUGCUACACCCCCCACACACCCCUGAUCAGCCGAAACUGUGUUCCACAUCACGACGGAUAUGUACCUCUCCCAACCCCUUGUACCCCCCGCCCCCGCCCCCACCGGCACCCACAGAGUGAGGCUGCAUUCCAGUGAAUGAAUGUGCACCUUGCUCUGUUAUUUCCCUGGACUCUUGCUCUGUUUUCCCACUUCAAACCUCCCUGACCCCAACACCGGACUUGGGGAACUACCAGACCUACUUACCCCCCACGUCGCGCAUACACAGGCAGGAGCGCACGAGGAACUUGUUAAGUCCUGGGUGUCUCCUGCUUCUCUGAUGUCACUGUACUCUACAUAUCGGAUCUUCUGUGGUGGAGCGCCGCCAUGUGGCGGGGAGCUGGGAGGGGACUCAACGUGGGGCACUUAACACACACACACACACACACACACACACACACACACACACGCACACACACUCACACACACUUUCACCGGCCAGAGGACAGAUUGGCACACACAUACACACAUCCUCUCACCUGGAUGCACACACACACACAUACACACACACACACACACACACACACACACACACACACACACACACCUACACCUGGACACACUUGAGGAUGUCUGUCCCCAGGGCUCCACGCCACUUUGCUUCUCGUCUCACCUCGGCACCGUCCCCAUAACUGUCCCCCAUUCACCCUUCAAACAACUUACUUUUGUUCCAUUAUUAUUAUAAUUAUUAUUAUGAUUUUGAUUAUUAUGAUUAAAGUAAACUAGCAUAAAAAAAACAUGUCAUGUAUCUGAAAUGGCUAUGUAAUUUUUAUUCAGUUCUGUGUUUUUAUGUUUUAUGUAAAGUUCAGUUCAUUCUGUUGUUAUGGAUAACAAAUACUGUGAACUUUUUUUCAUGUUUUUUUAACUGUACUAUCAGUUAUUUGUAUACAUAUAGUCCUGUAUCAGGAAGAAAAACAAAACAAAACGGUCUCUUGGUUUCUGUUUCUGCAUUUCAUAGUGAAGGCCCUGGGUAAACGUUUAGAUCCAUUUCCUUUUUAUCUUUAUUUUUUUGCGUGUGUCGAUUUAAAAAAACAAGUGGAAUGGUUAUGUCGAGAGCUUUUGUUUUUACAGUAGCAUGUUAAAUUAAGUUUAUACAAUGUACAGUUCUAUAGAGGGAGGGGAAAAGCCUUAAAUAGCAUUUUGUUAAUGUUGGAAAUUGUAAGUUCUUCUUUUCUCUCGCGCUCUCUUUCUCAACUGUUUACAUCAUUUUUAAUUUUUGUUUUGGAGUGAAUGAAUAAUGCGGAAUGGCAAACGUUUGAUGUGUAAGGGGGAGAAUGAUUUUUAUUUUAUUUUAUUUUUGCUUUGUAUAGAAUGGGCUCCCUUCUCCUUGAAUUUGUUUAAAAACAAACAAAAAAAAUAUUUCGAUAAAUGUGACUUUUUUUUGUGCUAUUUUCUUGAA